UUCCGCGUUCAAAUGGCGCGUGCGCGCUGGCCAGAAGGGCGGCUCCGUCUCGGUCUCGUCACUCUCCGCGAAGAGCCCAAUCAGAGGCGCGUGUUCGCCGAGACGACCAAUAGGCGGAGAAAGAGGCCAGGUGAGUUCCUCAGCCCCGCCUCCCGCCGGGAGGGGAGGCCCGGACGCGGGGAGCGAAGCCGCCGGGCGAGGAGAGAUGGCGGCGCUGCCGGAGGAGUCCCCGCUGACCGGGGUGGCCUGGGCCUCCAGUGCCAGCGCGGCGCCCGCCGGCUGGACACCGAUCACCUCGACCCUGGAGGGAGCCACAGCCAGCUUCGGGAAAGGAUUUGGGCAGAAAUCCGGCUACGUCUUGUGCAUCACCUCCACUGUGGCCAGUGAAGUAGGAGGCGCCCAGCACUGCUGCAUCAGCACCUAUCCCGCCCGCAACCUGACCCUACCCCUACCCUGUGAUUACCCAGUGGGGGUCACAUGCAGGCGUGGCCCUAACGCAGAGGGCCUUCACCCAAUGCUACUUGCCAGUACCUCCCCAGGCAAUGUGGUCGCCGACGUACUGAUCCUGAGUGAGAAAACGCCUCUGCCUACAGGAUACCUUUACAUUCGGGAGUUCUUAGAGCCAAAAACGUCCAUUUCCAAGAAGAAACGAAUAUGUGUGAAGCUUGUCCCACUGGGUGCGGCAGACCUAGUUGUUUUUGACAUUACGCUGAGUGGCAAGAAUAAAGUGGUCCCAUGUUAUAUGAAGAUAGGGGAAAUUAGCAGCUUUGCUGUUUGGUGUAAAAAGGGGCAACUUCUCAAACCUAAACCCCUUCCAAAACCAAGGAACAUCAGUCCAGCAAUGAAGGGGCUUUCACUGGAGACCACAGACCUGGAUAACAAAAAGACAGAAUUUUCAUCAGAAAAUUCUUUGACUAGAGUUGGCUCAAAACAUGUAUCCAUGAAGCGAGAUGAUUCCAUUUAUGAUACAUCUAACCUCUAUGGCAUCUCAGCCAUGGAUGGGGUUCCUUUCGCACUACACCCCAAAUUUGAAAGCAGCAUCACUACUGGGACUAAUGCCUUUUCCAUCUUCACGAACUUGAACAUUAAGUCUCUUGCUGACAUUGAGAAGGAGUAUGACUAUGCCUUUGUAGUUGAAAGGACUGCAGCUGCCAGACUCCCACCCAGCAUCUGUUAACAGCGAGCAGCACAGAGUGCUACCAAAGCAUGGGGUACGUGUCCCUUCUAACAGAUAAAGUUAUAUUCUUCCUACUAAAUCAUUCCAUUGAGGCUGUCUGUUGCCACAGGUGCAUAAACUGCACAACCAGCUGUGAUGGACUCAAUUCUCCAAAGGACACUCUUGUAAAGAACUGAAUGAACUCUGUUUCUGCCUUCUAAUUUUUUAAUAUUUAAAUCUGUAAUCCACUUGGAAACUAGAGAGCACCAUCAAUUUUUGAAAGAUUACUAGCAAAGUCAAAUAAGUGCAUUUAUACUUGCAGCCUAGUAGGGCUAUGUCUACACUGCAAUAAAAGACACAGGCAUGGCCAUAGCUGGCAUGGGUUGGUGGGCUAAAAAUGGCAGUGGAGAGGCUUGGGCUGGACCCUGGGCUCUGAGACCCCCCAAGUCAUGAGGUUGCAGAGCCAGGGCUCCAGUCCAAACCCAAAUAUCUACACUGCAGUUUUUAAACCUGCAGCCAGUCAGCUGACCUCGGGACUAAAACUCGCUGCUGUUUGUAUUUUACUGUGGUGUCCACUAUGCCACUGUCACCUGCAUUUAGCUCUCCAUGGAAGCUAAGUUUUCGAGGGUUUACCAUAGGGUUUACUUUUGUGUAGCGGACAGCAAGACACUAAUAUUUUGUUCAGUCUGUGUUUAAAGAUUAAUGAACAUUGGGUAUUGAACAUUUUUUCUUAGCUCUCUUACUAAAACUCUUUUUUAUUCUGGAUGUUGUCCCUGGGAAGGUAACUUUGUUUUUAUUUUUGAGGACACAACUUUUUAUACAGCAGAAAUACUAAGCAAACUAAGGGCUAAAGAGGCUGCUGCUGCUAUUGUCAUACUAAUUAAAACAAGCCUUUGUUCAA